CUGACUGAAGUGCGCAUGCGUAGUGUCGGUCCACACAACUGCGCUACCCAAACAUGGCGGCGGCCGUCGACAGUGUUGUUAAAGUGCUGGGCGAGCAGUAUUACCGAGAUGCCAUGGAGCAGUGCCACAGCUACAAUGCCAGACUGUGUGCUGAACGCAGUAUCCUCAUGCCCUUCUUGGACUCACAGACUGGUGUGGCUCAGUCCAAUUGUUACAUCUGGAUGGAGAAGAGACACCGGAGCGCAGGUGUUGCUCCAGGUCAACUGUAUACGUACCCAGCUCGCCGUUGGAGGAAGAAACGGCGCUCCCAUCCGCCCGAAGACCCCCGAUUGGCCUUUCCCCCUCUCAAAACAGGUGCUACCCCUCAAGAAAAGGGUUCAAUCGCAGAUGUGGACCUGGGCCUGAAGCGUGAUGCCUUAGGGGCGGUGGAUGGCAGCAGUCUGGAGGCGCUGCUGAAAGGCGAGCCUCUUGACAGGAGAAGCGCCGUGACGGACGUGCGGGCCGCCGCUGAGGACGAUCCAGCUACCGUAGACCCCCCCGCUAGUUCCACGACAACUCACACAUCUUCUGGACGUGUCCGCAAGAGAGUCCUCGACCACGAUGACUAUUUAGAUGACUUAGACGAUGAGGACUUUGAGGAUGAGACUCCCAAGAGGAAAGGAAAGAGCAAAUCCAAGGGUCGCAGUGACAAGAACGGUAAGAAGAAAAGCGAGGCUGCAGCAGCAGCUCUAGAGGAAAGAGACAAACCUUACGCCUGCGACAUCUGUGGGAAGCGCUACAAGAACAGACCGGGCCUGAGCUACCACUAUACGCACUCUCACCUAGCGGAGGAGGAGGGCGAGGACCGUGAGGAGAUCGAGGCACCACCCACUCCUCGCCAACCUGAGGAGCAGAAGACAACAAAAAAGGGUCCGAAUGGUCUGGCACUACCUAACGAUUAUUGCGACUUCUGUCUGGGAGACUCCACCUUGAACCAGAAGACCGGCCAAUCAGAAGAGCUCGUUUCCUGCUCGGACUGUGGACGUUCAGGCCAUCCCACAUGUCUGCAGUUCACGCCUGUAAUGAUGGCUGCUGUCAAGACAUACCGCUGGCAGUGCAUUGAGUGCAAGUGCUGCAAUGUAUGCGGCACGUCAGAGAAUGAUGAUCAGUUGCUAUUUUGCGACGACUGUGACCGAGGCUACCACAUGUAUUGCCUUAGUCCUCCGAUGACCGAACCGCCAGAGGGGAGCUGGAGUUGCCACCUGUGCCUGGCUCUGCUCAAGGACAAAGCCUCCAUCUACCAGCAGAACCAGGGCUCUGCUUGCGAGUGACCCGGCACCGGUUUGCUCGUCUCAGCCGCCCUUGUCACACGACCACUAUUUGAGCAAAUCAACACGUCAAGAGCGCCUUCUUCAAAAACAACCGUUUCCAGUCCUGUUCAAAUGUAGCUAGGCCAACUCACGGCUCAGCAGCUGAGGUCUCCUUACAUCUACUUGGGUGGCGGCAAAGGGUCACAAUGACUGCAAAACAAACCUCAGAUCAGUUUACCCUGCCGUAGUGGCUGUCCUAACACAUAAAUACACACGCCAAUGUCCUGGACUGCUGCUAUACACCAGAUUUGAGAGAACAUGCGGUAACCAUAGCAACAGCUGUCUCCAUGGGAGCUCUCGGGAGUAAACGGAGUAGCGUCGCAAUAUAACAUCCGCAUCAGCACUGUGGAGUGUUUUUUUUUCUGCCAAAUGAUCUAUUUUUACUUGCAGGAUGCGGCGGGGGCAAAACAACAAACGAUAUGUUGCUGGAGAAUUAUUUGUACUGUUCUGGUUACUAGUGGACUUUUGUAGUACAUUGUCUGUGUGCUUUGUCUGACCUUUUUGAGCGUUUACCAUUGACAGGGUUUUCAUUAUCAAGAAAAGUGAUUUAUAACUCAACCACAACAGUUAUGAGCUGAAGCCACAGAGCUCAUUAUGUUGCUGUUUAGGUCAAAUACUUCAAACACCAUUUUUUCAAGUAAACUGAGCAUAAAUGAACAUUUGACAUUUUUUUCUUUAAGUAUUUAACCACCAAAUGGUGCUCAUAGUCUUAUAGUAUUGGUUCACUGUAAUGCCUGUUACCACAGCCAAAUUCAUUUCAAGAGAUGUGGAAACCACUUGCCGUGACAUCAGCAACACAGUGUACACAUUUGCCUUUUUUUUUUUUUUUUUAUAACUGUUUUAUAUAUUACAUAAUAUUCCAUUGGUAUUGGGAGAUUUUUCUAGUCUUGUGAAGUGUGUGAUGACCACUUCCACCUAUACAGCUUCUUAAACAUAUGUACGGUUUUGCCUUGUUUGUAUUUUUGUUAACAUGUUUGAAUUCGUUUGAUUUUGGAUAUGUGAGGCCUACAUUCUGCGUACUUGUAAAAUGAUGUACUAUGUUGUACUAUUUUUAUUUUUUUUUUUACAUUUGUUCGGUGACUGCACCGUCUAGCGUGACAGAAAUAAAAAUCACUUCAUUUGA